CUUUAACCAUUUAAUAUCAAGGGGUUCCCGUUUCUUAUUUACUACUUUUAAGUUCUAUUCACCGCGUCUAUGAUCUAUGAAUACCUUAGGUAAGGUAUCCAAUAAACUUUCUACCCAACUUCGUUUCCCUAUAUACAUCAUACAUGAAUAAACCGAAAAGAGGGACGAUCGAUAUUUAAAUAAUCGACUAAGAAACCAAGCCUUAAAAAAACCAAGUUACCAAGCAACUGGCUUCGUCUCGGCGUGCAUCUCAUUGCGAGUACCUCGUAUAUACGUACUUACCUAUUUGCCUAACGCUGCAUACAUACGUAUAGGUAUCCACCAAAGCACCAAGUCAGGUACAAUACAUGUAGCACCAGAGCAACUGUAUCUACCCGCCGAAACAUUGAUAACGUCAUAUAAUUGCGCAUGGAAUAAUCGACGGUCCAAAUCAUUGAAAGUUCCGACUUCUGCCCGCCAUUUAAACAUUCUCUUAUCUAUUUGCUAUUAUUACCCCGAACAAUUAAUUACACCGAGCAAACAAAGACAAGACCUAUAUCCAACUAUUCCGGUCUAAUCUUUCCUCCUCCUACAUCUACAUACACAUACGAAUAAUUUCAAUUCGUAUCAUAAUAGGCAAGAGGUGCUAUUCUGAAUCGUCUCUUACCGAAAAACUAGCCGCAACGGCUGUAUAAUCGCCGUGGCGCUUUCGAAUUGGUAACGAUGAAAUACGGGGAGCACUUCGAAGAAGAGUCGGUCCCGAGCUGGAGUCUGCAUAAUAUCGACUAUAAUUCGCUAAAGCACCAGAUCAAGGUGCACACCACUAAAGACCAGGCCACCGCAAUUGCUAUUCCUGGCCAGCAAGAUCAUGCCCUGAAAAGAUUCGAGGACGCUUUCUAUAAUGAGCUCUGCAACCAGCACAGCCGUGUUGGUCUUUUUGUUAUAAGCAAAGCCGACGAGAUCUCAAGACGCCUAUGUCACCUCUCCGACUCGAUACACCAACUUAUAGUACGAUGUAACAACGCCGGUGGAAUGUCGCCUAAGCGGCAACGACGACUCGCUAAAUACGCAUUACAAGUUGACGAGUGCGACGACGAUAUUAAGGCAUUGAGUCGGUUUGUUAACGCACAGGUUAUCGCGUUCCGCAAAAUACUCAAGAAAUACAGGAAAUGGACCGGCUCAACAACGCUGAGUAGUCGUUUUAAAGAAAAUGUCCUCACAUCACCUAAAAGUUUCACGAGGUACGACUUUCAUCCUUUACGACUACAUCAUCGAGAGUUGCUCGCCACCUUAGAGGCCGCCACUCCUGACCUGAACUCCCUCGAAAUCGAGCGCCGGAAAAUGAAGACACAAUUCGAACAACGCGCCGAGAGUCGCCGAUCUUCGCAGACACAAUCCCCGAAAUCUACAUCCAUCAGUACACCGGGUGGUUCGUCGAUGACGUAUUGGAACGAGUACGACCACGGGAGCGAGGCGGGUGAUCGUGACGAGGAACGGGGAUACGCAAUCUAUAUCGACCCGAACGCGGAUAUCGACUUCCCAGGCUUUGUGUAUAUUAAAACGAUUUUCACUGUUCCGGUAGAUAAAGUCCGGCACUGGCUGAAAACGCGCGCGCCGCAUCUAUAUCCAUCCGAAACGCAAUCACUUCUUAGCAGCUCUUCUUCGCCUGAUUACUUGAGUACCCGGCAUUCGACUGCACAGACGACCGACAACGAAGCGACCGAGGAUGAGUACGCCUCGUCGCUAAACUCCAGCAUCGGCCGCCGGAAGGGAGCACGCUAUGCGGCAUUGCCGGCGACGGAAGAGAACAACGACUACCAAGUGACCAUGUACCGCGAUAAGGUACUGACUCGGACCGUGAUACUCGCAUUCGUCGCUGCGUUUAUCCUCUUGCUCGUCUCCGGGGUAUUAGUAGCAACAGGUCGACAUAAGCUCCGACUCGAAGUCGACGCCGGCGUGACGAUCGGAUCCGUAGCAAGUUUAUUCUGCGCUUGCAUGGGUUUAGGUGCCAUGCUAUAUCGUCAGUACCCCGUCAGCAUCCUAUACCGCCUUGCUGUCUGGGCCGCGUUCAUGGCUGUGUGUGCCCUGAACGGCAUGUUGCUUGUAUUAGUAGUGGGGAGUACAGGGUUAUGAAAUUAGCCAAUCACCACCACCAAUUGAUUGAUUUGGGGUUCAAGUUGGGGUCAGGGGGUUUGUCUUACGUUAGGUGUUUUGUGGCGUUAUACAAGGUCAGGUCAUCUAUCAGCAGAGAGGAACGGGCAAUACCUCGCAUAUACGAGGUUACAUGCCAUGUGCAUAUACCCGCGUCUCACCACUGCGAGGUCUUGGGGGAUCAUAAGAUCAUAGGGAUAUAUAGAGAUUGCUAUCGGAGAGCUUCUGCUCGUCCAGGACGUAAGGUCCCGUCUGUUGGACGGGUUCACGUUUGUUUUUCCUAUCCAUAUUACGUUAUAGGCUUUUUUCGAAUCGGCACGAUACCAUAUAUAGAUUUCGGGUUCGCGAGCCUUUUCGUAGGUAGUUAGUUGUUUGACUCUGGGGAGAGGCGAUUGUGUUGCGGCUCGCUGCCGCCGGUGCGAUUUGCAUUUGUACGUGAGUAGGUAGGCCAAUAUAUAUUAUUGGGAUAUUGUAGAGUGUUUUUUCCUACUUUGUAUAACUAAAAACUAAAUGGAUUUGCGUCGUUAUUGUAUGCUUACUGUUUUGCUUUUUCUUAUACAUGAAGCAUGACUGGGAUCCGACCAAUUGCUUCCUUAUAAAACCGCCAUGCGCGCAAGUCAGCAGCCAGAAGAAGUAGGUCGGAAAUGAUAGAUUAGGUAGCUUUUAGCCUAUUUAUAUUUAUAA